GAAUAUAAAAUCCAACAUGUGACAUAUGAGCCUUCCCCAUAUAAAACUCACCAAACACAACAACGCAGCUCCUUCCUUCUUUCUUUCAUUGACCACACUCCUUCAUUAUCAAAACCUUUUCUUCUUUUUCUUCUUCUUCAACCCCAAAAAUAUCAUAUUAAUACCCUCUCUCGAUCCUAAAUCCAUCAAACCCUUUUACUAAUUAUCAAUCCUUUUUUCUAUCAUCAUGAGAUUCUCUGUCGAUCCAACGGUCAACGAUCUACCAACCAUUGAAUGAAUAAUCUCCAAGGUUUUUGUUGUUUUUUCCAAUUCUGAUUCAUUCUGUUCUGCGUGGUUCCAUAUUAGAUAGAGAGAAUAAAUAAAUCAAACGAAAGAAAAUGAGUGUCUCAAAAUCUCAGGUGUGGCAACCCUGCAAGAAGAAGAGGCUCUAAUAUUAUUCUAAUAAAAAAAAAAAAGUCAAAUACUUUAAAUAGAGAAGCAGAAGAAAUAUCUAGGAAGGAAAGAAAUAAGAGAGAAAGAUGACGUCUCGUCCGUCGCCCGGCGUCAAAAGCAGCAACGGCGGACGGCCUAGAGCUGGUAAGUAUGAGCUUGGUAGGACGCUUGGCGAAGGAAAUUUUGCGAAGGUGAAGUUUGCUAGACAUGUUGAAACUGGAGAACAUGUAGCUAUCAAAAUUCUUGAUAAGGAAAAAAUUCUCAAGCACAAAAUGAUUCGUCAGAUAAAGCAAGAAAUAUCAACAAUGAAACUGAUUAGACACCCAAAUGUCAUACGCAUGCAUGAGGUAAUAGCGAACAGGUCAAAGAUAUUCAUUGUAAUGGAAAUUGUGACUGGUGGGGAGCUGUUUGAUAAAAUUGCACGCAAUGGGAGGUUGAAAGAAGAUGAAGCAAGAAAAUACUUUCAGCAGCUUAUAUGUGCUGUGGAUUACUGUCAUAGUAGAGGUGUUUGCCACAGAGACCUAAAGCCUGAGAAUUUGUUGCUGGAUGCUAACGGAGUUCUUAAAGUAUCGGAUUUUGGAUUGAGUGCAUUGCCUCAACAAGUUCGGGAAGAUGGGCUACUUCACACAACAUGUGGUACUCCAAAUUAUGUUGCUCCAGAGGUGAUCCAAAACAAAGGGUAUGAUGGUGCAAUUGCAGAUCUCUGGUCAUGUGGUGUUAUUCUUUUCGUUUUAAUGGCUGGCUAUUUGCCCUUUGAAGAAGACAAUCUUGUGGCUUUAUAUAAAAAGAUUUUCAAGGCUGAGUUCACAUGUCCUCCCUGGUUCUCUUCAAGUGCAAAGAAACUAAUCAAAAGAAUCCUUGAUCCCAGUCCUGUCACACGGAUUAAAAUUGCCGAUGUCAUUGAAAAUGAGUGGUUCAAGAAGGGAUAUACGCCUCCUGUGUUUGAACAGGCCGAUGUUAGUCUUGAUGAUGUAAACUCUAUUUUCGGCGGUUCUAUGGAUUCAGAUAGUAUUGUUUUUGAGAAGCAAGAAGAAGGGCCUGUUGCACCUGUGACAAUGAAUGCGUUUGAACUUAUCUCUAAGUCUCGGGGCCUCAACCUUGGUAGCCUUUUUGAGAAGCAAAUGGGACUUGUUAAAAGGGAAACAAGAUUCACAUCCAAAUGUUCAGCGAAUGAGAUAAUUGCAAAAAUCGAGGAAACUGCUGGACCUCUGGGUUUUGACGUAAGGAAGAACAACUGCAAGUUAAGGAUUCAUGGGGAAAAAUCUGGACGGAAAGGUCAUCUAUCUGUAGCCACGGAGAUCUUGGAGGUGGCCCCUUCAGUUUACAUGGUUGAGAUGCGAAAAUCUGAAGGAGAUACUCUGGAAUUUCACAAGUUCUACAAAAAUAUAUCUACUGGGCUGAAAGAUAUUGUUUGGAAAGCAGAUCCUAUUGCUGAAGAAAGUGAUGAUGGUGCCAGUACCUCCUCAAAAUAAUUGUUACCCAAGUCUUCAUCAUUGUACAAAGUAUAAUCACAUACUUGUGUAUUAUUAUUGGAUAAGAGUGGGCAAUAGCUAGUAUUUUGGCCUUGAGAUAUGAUUUUUUCUUAAUUAUAUAUUUGAUAUUGCUUUUUAAAUAACCUUUUACUUUUUGGUGCUGUGAAAAACAUUACAAAUGCAAAGGAAAACCGGCUCAAUAGAAGUAAGAGAUUUCUAGCAUUUAUCUGUAUGAUUAGUGAUUUAGCUUAUUUGUUCAAUAGCUUUUGGGAACAAAUAUUUUAUCUUAAGUGUAAAACAAUCGAAGUUACGGCUCUUCUGUCGUUGCUUUUGCAGAUAAUUUUGUUCAUAUUUAUUUACCAUUUUUAAAGUUCAA